AUGCCUAUUUUGUCAAGCGGCCCUGCACUCGGACUCGAGGGAUGGUACCGACACCAUGUCCGCACCUCUCCCAAUGCCACUGCAGUGGUGGAAGGAGACCAAUCCAUGACAUAUCGAGAGCUCGAUGCCCGCGUUAAUCGCCUGGUCUCGAUCCUGGCUCGGGAACACAUUCAGCGAGAAGAGCCCGUCGGUAUCCUCGUGCCAAUGGGAAUUGCACACGUCGUAGCCCAGGUGGCUGUUCUGCGUUUGGGGGGUUCUUGUGUACCCAUGGAUCUGUCAUUCCCGGACCAGCGUAUUAAAGACCUUCUGCAUGCCUUGAACACUCGGAUUGUCCUCACAGUCGAGGACGAAAAGCCUCGCUUUGACGACUUCCAGACCAUCCUCGUUGGUUCCGAGUACACCGACGUCUAUCAGAAUGGUUUCCAUGAAGAUACAGUCGCCGCCAUUGAGACCGGAAGCGAGCAUCGCACCCACAUAUUGCAUACUUCAGGAACAACAGGGUUGCCCAAGCCUGUCGAGAUUAUGUCGAAAGGAAUCACUCGUAUGGCCUUCAAUACGCAGUGUGUCGAAUUCAAAAGCACGGAUCGAGUUGCUCAAAUCUCGGCGCCGAGCUUCGACGCCGCUCUCUUUGAGAUAUGGACCACUCUGGCACGAGGAGCGGCCAUUGUUAUGCUUCCUAAGAACGUUGUAAUUGACCCAGUCGCCUUCCAUGACAGCUUGCGCAAGUACCGCAUUACCUCCAUUCUUGUCACGACCGCACUGCUUAACCAUAUCGUGUCGGCGAUUCCCAAUGCCUUUGAGGACCUCGACUAUGUGCUGACGGGAGGCGAGGCGGCGAAUCCCAGCGUUAUGCAGGUUGUUUUAGAGAAUGGACCGCCAAAGAAGCUGGUGCACGCAUACGGGCCAACUGAAUGCACCAUUAUCACAACAUACCACCUCACCACCCUGGAGGAAGUCCGUCGUGGACAGACCCCUAUUGGGAAGCCACUGGACAACACCACAGUCUACAUUCUGGACGAAAAUCUCCAACCUGUCAAGAACGGCGAUGUCGGUGAACUUUAUAUUGGUGGUGACGCCGUCGCCCGCGGUUACCUGGGACGUCCUGAAGCGAACGCCAAGAGCUUCCUUGAGGUAUCCCAUCUGUCCAAGAGCGGGUCACCAGUCAGGAUCUAUCGAUCGGGUGACCUCGCUCGGGUUCUCGACUCUGGGGACCUCGAAUUCGUCGCGCGUGCCGACAACAUGGUCAAGAUUCGCGGAUUCCGCAUCGAGCCAGCGGAGAUCGAAGGGGCGCUCCUAAAGAGUGAGAUGGUCCAGGGUACCGUCGUCCUUCCAGUCCGUCGACCAGGCAAGGAAACAUACAUUGUGGCAUUUGUGAUCCCUAAAGACAAGCAAACCUUUUCUCUAGAGAAAAUUGACGGAUACUUGCGGCGGCGGUUACCUGCGUACAUGAUGCCCCGUUUGGAGGCUGUCGACGCGCUGCCCUUCACCGUCCACGGCAAGAUCGAUCGUGUGGCGGUCAUCAACAAGCACCUAGAGGAGACGAAGAAGGCCGAACAGCAGUUGCUUGGGUCUUCUGAUAAUAAAGCGGGAGUUGACAGUGUGAGCUGGUUACGCACCUUGUGGACCUCUGUCCUCAGCAUCAGUAAUAUCGGUGACGAGUCCAACUUCUUUCACUUGGGAGGCAGCUCCUUACAAGGGGCUGCGAUGCUGGUCCAUAUUCGUCGGCGCUUCGGGUUGUCAUUGACCAUGCAACAAAUCUACGACCAUCCCACCCUACUGAGCCUCGCCACCCUUAUCGACGCUGGUCAGGCAAAAAGUAAGAUUGACCAUUCUCGCCUUGGCAUCUUCAUCGCGGACUCCCAGCUCGCGAAGGACAUCCCUGUUUUGUCUAAAGAAGCACCCGACUGGCGAAGCCCUUCCGAAGGCAGGAUCUUCCUAACCGGAGCAACUGGGUUCCUGGGGACGUACUUCCUGCGUGAGCUGAUCGACCGACCAGAUGUCAAGUCUGUACGAUGUCUGGUCCGGGCCUCGGACGCGUCUUCUGCUCGUGCGCGGCUUCUUGGUGCCCUAGACAAAUACGGUCUUGGAGGGAAGGAUAAUCUAGACAAGGUGUCGGCCAUUGCGGGUGACCUAGGUAAGGAACUGUUCGGGCUGUCUGAGACCGAGUUUCACGAACUGGCUCUGUGGACUAGCGUCAUCUUUCAUGUGGGAGCCCAUGUCAACUACGUCCAGCCGUAUGAGAAGCACCGCAAUACCAAUGUCUUCGGAACGCUGAACUGCAUCAAGCUCGCGACAACUGGUCGCACCAAGGCACUGCACUACACCUCCACAGCGGCCGUCACGGGGCCUGUGUCGCACUUCACGUCCGCAGAGAGCAUCUCAGAGGAUUCGGAUCUUGGAGAGUUCCAGGGCUGGCUACCUUAUGAUAUAGGUUACACGCAGAGCAAGUGGGUCUCGGAGCAGUUGAUCCACAGUAUGAUUGCCAAGGGCAUGCCAGCCAUUGUGUUCCGGCCAGGCUUCAUCAUGGGCGACAGUCUACGUGGCAAGGGCAACUGUGACGACUUCAUGUGUCGGGUGUUCAUUGGCUGCAUCAAGUUAGGAUAUCGUCCCAUUCUUCCGAACCAAAGCAAGAUUAUGAUUCCUGUUGACUUCAUCACAACUGCCUUGCUGCAUAUCACGUCCAAUCCUCAAAACAUUGGGCGCACCUUCCAUCUGGUGCCACAGACACCGGAGGAGGACACAGACAUUGAAACCUCUUGGAAUAUGCUUGAGGAGCUUGGGUACAAGCUGAAGGCAGUGGAGUACAAAGACUGGCUCGAGAUUCUAUCUCAGGAUAAGGAUCUGCUUGCCAAUCCGUUGUUGCCCAUGUUGCCGGUCCUACAGGAGCCGGUUCGGAAGCAUCUGACACGCUGGGAGUUGUACGAGAACAUGGCCACUUACGAUGUGACAAACUCCCGGAAGGCGCUCGAAGAUUGCGGGAAGCUGAAAUCUGGUGUUGGUUUGGAGGACUUGCGGCGACAUGUAGACGACUGGGUCGCUCGGGGAAUGGUGCCUUCGAGGAAAUGA